AUGGCUUCAAAAGGUGAACGUAUUACUUUCAGAGAAGAGGAAGUUUCAGAACUUUUGGGAAUUAAACCUAAAGCUGGUAGUAAAGAAGAAUUAAAUUCUUGGAUCUUGGAUUAUGCAACACAGCAAUCUAAGGGUACUGAAGAGUCAACUUUCAAGUUAGCCUCAGCUACUGAAUCCAAAUCAGAGGAUGUCAGGAUUUUGCCGCAUUUACCUAGACUAUCCUUCUUUUCUCAGAAGUCACAUGUCAGUUUCGACAUCUGGAAGUUUGAGGUAGAUUAUUUUCAAGGUCAGAUGUUUUUUAUCAUGCAGACAGUGAUUUCGUGGCGGCGGCCGCUAGAAGGCGCUGCACUAUAUCCACGCACAAACAAUGCUUGUUCAUAUCUUCUCGGAAAUACUAUGUGCUACGUCAUUUCCGGUAUGAUGUUACUGGUUGUGGGUGUAAUAAUAACUUCCAUGAGUUUCCAGAAUUUGGAGGACUAUAAGGAUGAGGAAAGAGAAAGGUACGCCGGACCAGUCAUGAUAGCUGCGGGAGUUCUCGUUCUUGCUCGUGGUGCCUUUAGUCGUCUUCGUCCACCUCGUUCUGAAUUAAGCAGACGACGUUCCUUUUUACGAAGAUAUAUCAGGGAUAUUUACAGCAGACCAAUCUUUGCAUUAAGAAACAGCACAUCAUUGAGUUUAUGUGAUAUACAAAUAUCCGAUGUUGAUGAUUGUUCAAGACGAAUUUUAUGA